AUGUCCUGUCCCCUGGCUGUACCCAACGUCCCCUCCCGCACGACGACCCAUACGAAGCAUGCCAACGUAGACGACCCUUUCCCAGCAGAUGGCAACGUACUGCAGCUGGUGGAAACGUUUGUGAACAAGUCGCUGACCCAAAGUGGUGACACGCGCUGCGAGCCCGUGAUGUGGGCCAUGGGGGAGGACUUCUCGCACGCCAAUCAGAUGUUGCCAACAUCCCCACAUGUGCCCCCACCACCCAACCCAACCCCCCCUCUCCCUUGCCAGGAUAACCCAUAUGAAGCAGACGCUAACAUAGUGCAGCUGGUGGAAACGUUUGUGAACAAGUCGCUGACCCAGGCGGGUGACACGCGCAGCGAGCAUGUGAUGUGGGCCAUGGGGGAGGACUUCUCGCACGCCAAUGCUGCCCUGUGGUUCAAGAACCUGGACAAGCUGAUUCACUAUGUGAACCUGGACGGCCGGGUGAACGCCCUCUACUCCACGCCCUCACGCUACCUCAAUGCCAAGCACCGCAGCAACCUCUCCUGGUCGCUCAAGCAAGGAGACUUCCUUCCGUACGCGAGUGGUUCUAUUGAGUACUGGACGGGGUACUACUCAAGCCGCCCGGCCUUCAAGGGCUAUGCUCGCAUGUGUAGUAGCCUGCUGCAGGCAGCCACGCUCCUAGAAGCAUCAGUGGGCAGGUCCAACCUCCAAGCCUGGGGUAACCAAACCUCACGCCUCGUAGUGCCUGUGCUGCUCUCCACCAACCUCUCUGCCAUCCACGCCCCCUCGCCCCCGCCCUCCCGUCUCGCCUCGACGUUCCCUCUGGAGGAGGCAGUGGCAGUGGCACAGCACCACGAUGCCAUCACAGGCACGGCGAAGCAGCAUGUGAAUGACGACUACACACUGCAGCUCCAUACAGCAGCACAGGAGGCAUCUGUGAUAGUGACCUCGUCGCUCACUCACCUCAUCACUCAGGGCGCACUGAACCUCCAACCCACUGCUGCCGCCACUCCUGCUGCUCCUGCUGCUCGCAGCACAGGCGAACGUGCUGCUCCUGUGCCUUCCGGUGGCACCAAGGCACUCUAUAACGAGACAGGGAAAACGGGCAGUGCAGGCAUGGACGAUGUGCUGAGACUUGGCCUUGACUUCCAGCUGUGCCCGCUGCUCAACAUCUCCUACUGCCCGCCCACGCACAGCCCUAUUCCCCCCGGCACCACGCUGGUCAUUGCUGCAUACAACCCCCUCGGUUGGGCGCGAGACGAGAUCAUCCGCAUUCCUCCCCCUCCUUUCCCGCUCUUCCUUCCCCACCAUUUCCCCCUUCCGCCUCUCUCUUCCCUGUCAAGCCCACCCUGUGCCAUCUCCCACCUCUCCACUAGCUCACUUCACGCCACGCCUCCUCUCCUCCCGGUCUUCCAACCCCAGGUCUCCUCCCCUGCAGUCAUUGUGACUGACGCCCAUGGCAAUGUCGUUCCCUCACAGGCCAUUCCCGAGGUCCUGGUUCCGUGGGAGACCCCGCCCCCCAACACCCCCGGCGCUGCAGUCACGAGCACUGAGUGGCAGGCACGUGUGCAGCCGGAAACAGGGGGUGGGGAGUGGGGCAAGGGGGAGGAGGCGGGUGAGGGAGAGGAGGGACGGGGGGAAGGGGGUAAGGAGGGGAAGGAAGUAGGGGAGGAAGAGGGGGUGGAGAGAGAAAGUGUGAUCGAAGAGGAGGAGGGUGAAGGGGUUGGUGGUGGUGAUUUGAUUGUGCUGGGAGGCUGGGAUGGGGCUGCUGCUGGCGGUGCUGGCGGUGCUGGCGGUGCUGGCGGUGCCGGCGUUGCUUCUGCUGCUACUGAUGGGAAGGGGGGUACCAACUCUGGGAGCACAGCGCCAAGGAGCACAGCGCCAGGGGGCUCUCCUGCACCGAGUGUGUUGCGAGUACUUUUCUCAAAGGCAGCGUAUGGCAUGACUCGCCUGCAACUGCUUGGCCGCAACCAGCAGGGAAACGAGACAGUGGUAAGAUGCUGCACUGCGGAUUGUUUCUCUGUGCGCUUCUUCCUGUUUGCUGGGAGCAUUCUUUUGCAUUGA